AUGGACAACUCGAAUAGGGAAAUUAAGGCCGAAGAGCUUUUUAGUGUCAAAGGUCUUGUCGCUGUCAUCUCUGGUGGUGGCACUGGUAAGCAUUUCAGAGUUACUAUAGAUUUUGUGCCUAAGGAAAGACAACGACCUAACAGGAUUAUGGAUUUUCAUGCAGGUAUCGGACGCAUGAUCACUCGCGCCCUCGCUGUCAAUGGUGCUGAGAAGGUUUACAUUUUGGGUCGCCGUGGGGCAGUAUUGGAAGAGACUGCAAAGCCAUUCCCUAACGUGGUGAUGCCUGUGGAGUGCGAUGUCACUUCUAAAGAGUCAUUGCAGAAAGCUGUCGAGAAGAUUACCCAGGAUGCUGGAUAUAUUAAUCUCCUUUGGUGCAACUCUGGGACAUCAGGGCCGGAGAGUCCAGAGUUGAACAGCUCGUCUAGUCUUGAUGAGUUCAUUGAGGCUAACUGGAAGCACUCAGUAGAGGAGUAUGCUGAAACAUUCAAGGUCAAUACUGCAGGUUUCUGGUAUACGGCUAUUGCUUUCUUAAAACUUCUUCACCUUGGCAAUGAGAGAAGUAACGGGGGGUGCAGAAGUCAGAUUAUUGGGACUUGCAGCACUCUGGGCUUUGGCAGAUUUGCAGCUACCGGCCGAUUUGCAUAUGGGCAGAGUAAAGCAUCCCAGACACACAUGAUGAAACAGCUAUCAACGCACCUAGUACCAUACAAGAUCCGAGUAAAUAUGGUUGCUCCAGGGUUGUUCCCCACCGACAUGACCUCAUCUAUGACCUCGACAGGAUAUGAUCCUUCAAAGCUGAUUCCAGAGGGUAGGGCUGGCAUAGAUGCUGACAUGGCUGGCGUUGUGCUUUUCCUCACAAGCAAAGCUGGGUCUUAUCUGAAUGGCAAUGUAUUGAGUCGAGGAGUUUCUAUUCUAGUUGAAUAUUAA